AAAGAGGGAAAUUUAAAACUCGACGGCGUUAACCAGAAGUAAACACAAAACCUCAAAAAACGAAGCGAAAAUGAGAGCACGUUGACAUUCUUCACGUCUGAACGUAAAGUAUGUCCUUAUCAAACAUUUUAAAACCGCUUUUUGAUGUUUUUAGUCCGGUAAAUUUGAAUUAGACCGUUUGGCUCCGGAACGUUUGAACCUCGGUGUCGAAUUUCAUCAACAGGCGAGUUUACACCAUAAAUCAAGGUCAUUUCAUGCCAAGAUGAAGAAGAGGGUGAGGACGAAGUUGACCAGAGACAAAGAGAAGUGUUGCGCCCUCUGCAGGUGCAGCGAUGACGACCCGGCCAUAUUUGGAGAAAAAGUCAAACUGCCAGAGGACAACCUCUGUGUUCACUACUUCUGUUUGCUGACUUCCUGUGGAGUUUACCAGCGAGGAGAGGAGAGCGAGGGCGUCUUUGGGUUUCUGGUCGAAGACAUCAAACAGGAGAUCCGCCGCACAGCUCGACUGAGGUGUUGCUUUUGUAAGAAGAAGGGAGCAUGUGUCGGCUGUAACGUCAGGAGCUGCAGGAAGAUGAUCCACUUCCCCUGUGGGAGGAAAAAGAGGUUCAUCUCACAGUUUAGCGGAGACUUCCCGUCGUACUGUCCUGACCACAGCCCUACUCAGUCCCUCUGUGUGAGCGCAGAUGUCAGUCUUCCUCAGUCCUGCUCCAUCUGCCUGGACUCCAUCGAGCCCGUCCUGUCCUACUCCAUCCUCAAAUGUCCGUCCUGCCACACCAGCUGGUUCCACCGAGACUGUGUGCAGCGUCAGGCUCACAGCGCUGGCCUCUUCUUCUUCAGAUGCACGCUGUGCAACAACAAAGAAAACUUCCAGGAGGAGAUGAUCCGCAUGGGAAUCUACAUCCCAGAGAGAGAUGCAUCAUGGGAGUUGGAGGCUAACGCCUUUUCAGAGCUGCUGGAGGUUUACAGACGCUGUGACGCUCUCACCUGUCUCUGCAGCGAAGGACGCUCGCACUCCGCCCACACCGGGUGGUUCGAGGUGAUCCGCUGCCGUCUUUGUGGAUCUGGAGGGACUCACAGGAAAUGUUCGGGGCUGACGUUGGACACCAAAGACUGGGCCUGCAGCGACUGCACCCAGGCUACAGACGGCAAAGCUUCCCUGGUCGUGUCUCCUCAGGGCGGUCCAAAGAGGAGUCUGCUGUCCAAACGCCGCACGUCCUCCAUCCACUCCACCAUCAGCUGUAAGAGACCGUCUCUACCUGUUGGAUGUGAAUCACCUGCGGACCUCCUGCGUGCGUUGGCCCCUCAGCUUCGUCUGGUCCCGGUCCAGUUGGAGGUGAGCGGGUAUCGGGCUCUGUCUGCUGGCGUGGAGCUGGUGAGAAGGGCCGACUUUGACCCUGCACGUACUCUGUCUGUGAGGUUUAAAGAGGACCAGCAGACUGCAUUUCCCAGCAGCCUCCGGGACAGCGAGGCUGCCAGGCAGUACUUCCUGAAGCUGCUGGUGCAGCAAAUCCAGGACUCUGAGGUGUUCGAGGGUCCGGAAGGAUGCAAAAACCUGGUGCUGGAUGCUCAGGCGCUGCGUGACGAUCUUUACUUCGACCUCGGCUGUCUGCUCGCCCUCUCCCUCGUUCACGGCGGUCCUCCUCCUGGAUUCUUCUCCCCGGCUCUCUACCAGUGUCUCUUCAACUACCCCGCCAACCGCCCGCUCACCGUCGCACACAUGACCCCCAACACACACUUCACCCGCCAAGUCAGCCGGAUGGAGGAGGCGGAGUCUCUAGACGAGCUCAGAGAGGUGAUGGAGGAGAGCUGGGAGUUCCUGGAGUUAGCCGGCUGUAACCGACCAAUCAGCAGCCUGGAGGACAGAGAGGCUCUGGUGGAGAAUCUGGUCAGCUUCAUCAUGAUCAGCAGGAUGCAGCUGCCCCUGCAGAGGUUUCGGGAGGGCCUUCAGACUCUGGGCGUCUUUGAUCAGGUUCAGCUCUUCCCGGCCGUGUUCUGCAGCGUUUUCUGCAAAGCCACGGUUCAGCUCACAGCUCAGACGCUCGGUCAGCUGUUCACCGUUAAUUUCUCCUCCCAGGAGGAGAAAGUGAACAUGGAGACGACCACCAUCUCCUUCUGGAGACACUUCCUGCUGGAGUGUGAAGUCGGCCGGAGCUCCGUCUCCCUCCAGGACCUCCUUCGUUUCUCCACAGGAGCCGAGGAGCUCCCAGCCGCCGGCCUCUUCCCUCCUCCCUCCAUCUCCUUCCUCCACCCUUUUGCCCCCACCCCAGCGGGAGCUAAGGGGAGAAGAAGAGCAGGGAGGGGGGCACAGAGGGACAGUGGGCUGUUUCCUCAGAGCGAGCCUGACUCCAAACACCUCCUCCUGCCCGUCACCUCCACCUACACGACCUUCAAGAGCGCCGUGGAGCAGGCGGUCAGCCACCACGUCCACCUCCUCCCCAUGGAGAGUUAGUCAGAAGACAGGAAGUAGACCAGGAGCACUGCUCCUCUUAAAUGUUGCUUUGCGUGUGAUUAUUUUCAUGCUGAACAGAUUUAAAGAGUUUUCCUUCAUUUUCACACAGAGAAUCAAAAGCAGCUGCUUUCAUGCUGACAGACUUUAUCUGAUUUUACUACAAUAACAAGCAAAUAAGAAACACUUCGGCUCAAAUCCACAAAUCUACAGCUUAUUGUUGCAUGUUUAUGUUUUUUAUUUUCAUCACAUGAAUUUUAAAAGACUUCCUGAAAAGGUCAAAGGUUCUAUUCUCCUAUUUUUAAAAAGUAAUCAGGGAACAGCUGGUUUCUUGAUUUCUCAUUUGAAAUUAAAAAUUACUGGCUGUUAAACACGCUGACCCUUCAAAAUAAAAUCAGCUCAUCCUUGAGUUAAAGUAGAAAUAUUUCCAGCAUUUAAAGAAAAUCCCUCAGAGUGUUCUUGGGAUCAGGAGUUCAUAAGACCGUCCAGAUCGGCAGCGUGCAGACGAAAACGUACGACAGAAACCUGCAGUUUUUUAAUGUUUAGGUUCUUUUGUAAAUUAUCCAUCGUUAAAGUGAUGAUGGUUUUAGACUCAGCUGUUUCUCAGCAGAAAAAUCUUCUUUACCAGAUAAGUAAUGAUGACCAACGCAUGAUCAUAAAAGCAUUUAAACUCAGCUUCAGGAGAUGUUUAGAGCUUUAAAUUCACUUUUAUUCACCCUGUAAACCUUUUUUUUCUCCACAUAUCUGCUCUCACAGUGGUGCUAAUGUUGUUUCUAUUGUAAAUAGUUUAAAUCUUCUACUUUUGCUGAUGUUUUUGUGCUUUUUCUACAUUUACCGUGCUUACAUUGUGAAAACGAAUGUAUUAAAAAGAAUUGCUUCAUA